GAUAUACUACGGACGACUAGAGCGGCAUCUGAAUUUUACUGAACCCAUGGCCUCUGCCGUAGUGCCUACAUCCUUCCAGCUCCUCGUCUCUGGCUCAUCGCGCUCUUUCUCUCGUCUGUCACUCUUCCACCAAGCCCUCUUAUUUCCAGUCAAGAGAAGUGCCCAGCUGCACGGUGUUCAAAGUAGUGCCGGAGUCCAUUGCACAACCGUCAGAACGGCAGCCUCAGAGACGGAGACCAAGAAGAAGAGCAGCUUCGAGCUCCAAACGCUCACCACCUGGUUACUGAAGCAAGAACAGGCUGGGAGCAUUGAUGCUGAACUCACUAUAGUGCUCUCCAGCAUAUCCAUGGCUUGCAAGCAGAUCGCAUCCCUAGUCCAGAGGGCUGGUAUCUCCAACCUCACAGGAGUUCAGGGUGCCGUGAACGUCCAAGGCGAGGAUCAGAAGAAGCUCGACGUGGUCUCCAACGAGGUGUUCUCGAAUUGCCUGAGGUCCAGCGGAAGGACAGGCAUUAUCGCAUCUGAGGAAGAAGACGUCCCCGUUGCGGUAGAAGAGAGCUACUCGGGGAACUACAUAGUGGUCUUCGACCCCCUUGAUGGUUCCUCAAACAUUGAUGCUGCUGUCUCCACGGGCUCCAUCUUCGGCAUCUACAGCCCCAAUGAUGAGUGCCUGGCCGAUCUCGGUGAUGACGCCAAUCUGCUGGAUCAAGUGGAACAGAAGUGUGUGGUGAGCGUGUGCCAGCCGGGGAGCAAUCUGCUAGCAGCCGGCUACUGCAUGUACUCAAGCUCGGUGAUAUUCGUGUUGACCGUAGGGAAUGGUGUGUACGUGUUCACGCUGGACCCCAUGUAUGGGGAGUUCGUACUGACACAGGAGCAAGUGAAGAUACCCAAGGCUGGCAAGAUCUACGCCUUCAACGAAGGUAACUACAGGCUGUGGGACGACAAGCUCAAGGCCUAUAUAGACAGCCUCAAGGACCCCGGGACCAACGGCAAGCCCUACUCGGCACGCUACAUUGGGAGUCUUGUGGGUGACUUCCACCGGACCCUGCUCUAUGGGGGCAUCUAUGGCUAUCCAAGGGACAAGAAGAGCAAGAAUGGCAAACUCCGGUUACUCUACGAGUGCGCGCCCAUGAGCUUUAUCGUCGAGCAGGCUGGGGGCAAAGGAUCUGACGGCCACCAGAGGAUCCUCAACAUCAAACCCCAAGAGAUCCAUCAGAGGGUCCCCCUCUUCAUUGGCAGUGAGGAGGAGGUGGAGAAACUGGAGAAAUUCCUCGCAUGAAUUUAGUUCCAAGCUUUAAUCGAUGAUUUAAGUUCUUUACUUCAAUUCGUAAAGGGCAAGCGCAAAUGAAAAACAGGGGCCAGUCCUGCCUAGCUUGUUAAAAUACAAAUUUGUAUGCUUCUUUUCCUCUAUCAUGCGUUUCCAUUGCUUUUUUCCGGCUAUCCUCCUCAAAUUUAAGUUGGAAAAUGAAUUAUUUGUUUGCA